UUUUUCGUUGCAUUGAUGGCUUGACGACGAUGAUGACGAUGACGACCACGACAGGGACGUCGACGUGAGUACUAGGUCGAGGUGGUGGAGCUCGAGGGCGCUUGCGUGGGGUUUCGACGACGACGACGCGCGUCGCAACGACCGAAGUUCACCGAGCAAGCACGGCUACGUGGAGACUCCGGUUGGUUUGGCCUGGCACGGGCUACUCUCGCAGUGUUCCAAAAGUCGGCACCACGCACGAACCGCACGUCGACGCCUUAAGACACACGUUCAACAAGAAACGAACACGCACGCGAAACACACACACCAAGAAUAUCCUCGAGACACACUCGAAUCCCGAAACCUCAAAUAUACGUACAACGCGUGUGCCUCCUCAAAACGUAUCGUCGUCACGGCUCGCUGAACGAUAGCCUCCACUCUCCUGACGGAAGUGCUGAUCCUGCGCGAAGCAAGGACUCCGAGGGGAGAACCUGGCAAACUCCGAGUAACUGCAAACUUGAGGAUAGUACCGACAACGGCUACUGAUUCCAGGUCACGCCACCCCAAUGCGAGCCGUUGUGGAAAUGUUGUACAUCACGAGAAAUAUACUUUGAAACUGGAGUGUGGUGGUGGAGGUCGGUGGAGGUGGGAGGACAUCAUUUCAUUAAAACUCACCUGGAUUCGUUCGAGUAGUCCCUAGAUUCACAACUACCCUUACCGUCCCUGACCUUCCUCACUUCCUAGUGUCGUCAAAUACCGUGUAUUCGUAGUGUGUCGGAGUUUCUUUCCCCAUAUUUCGUGAACGGUGUUCAACGGUGUGAACGGUGCCGAACGCGAGUGUCAAUUGAUUCUGAUUAUUUGGAAUCAUCGUGCGGGAAAGUAGGGCCAACUAGUGAUAAAAGAACAAUCCUUUAACAGAGCUCAACCUCUUUUAGCUCUGAGGUACAUAGUAAGACAAGUGAGUGUGCAAAAUCAGUGCAGAAAAAUUAAUAUUAACACUCUGAAUCGACAAUCAGGAAGAUGAUGUAUGACCGUCUCUUUUCUAAUGAUCAGACACAAUUACCAAGUCGGAUAAUCCGUUAGUAUUGAAAGGGAAAAGUGAUAAGUGAUUAGUGCAAAGCAUUAUCACAGUUUUACAUAAUAUCAUUUUUCAUUGAUAAAAAUUAGAAACCCCUAACCUCUUGGUCUUCCGGGGUUUUCGGUGCGUGUCUUGAUGAGCGUGGCGUGGAUCGAUAGUGGCCUCGCGAGCUCGACUUGACGUUGACGUUAGCGAAAUACCCCCUGGUGACAUUCACACUCCGACACGAGGUGAAAUUUCAUCAGCAUAAGUGACCCGAUUUCAUGUAACUCGUAAUCGGCCGAGAAAAACCGCACUUAUCCUGCGUUUUAUGGGGGACUUUGGUGAGGCUAACCUUUACUCCAAUAAUUGUCGUCCCAUCAACAAACCAUUUAACUCCACUAGUGCAACAAUUACAACAACAAUGCAAGACGACUUACUCAUCGAGAAGCAGAGUUCGGCGAAAAGUGCUCCACUUUCACCUGGUGGUGUCUUAGACCAGAGCAUUGGACAGGACAAAUCAAAGGAUUCAGUGGAAGUUGACACUAUCAGUAUAACACAGAAUGUCACUUCCUCCGAAAAGGAUUUAUCCUGUAAUACCACAUCGGGUUUACAAGGCUUCUCGGACCAAGUGAGGGUACCCAGCCUGUGGGCAGCUCCAGACGACUCUAGUCUGCACUCACUUCCGGUAAAUGGAUCAAUCGCUAGCUUUCAAAAUUUUCCAACUAGUGGUCCUGGCCUAUUUGCCGGAUCCAGUGCCACUGGACGACGUGCAAUCACAGCUAGUCACAAUUUUCCACAACAUGGAAAUGCAGCUCCAAGUAGCAGGCAUGGUCUACCGACAGCGUCCGUUCAACAACAACAACAACAACAGCAGCAGCAACAACAACAGCAAUCCUCUCACCCUGGUGUCUAUCUACAGGGGAAAGGAUACGCUGCCUGGUCAGGAGGUCCACAAGCCCCACAACAAUGGGGCAGUGGACCUCAAGCUGCUGCUCAAAGUCCUGCACUCUCGCCUUGGAGUCGUGGCAGAUCUGUACCAAAUCUACCACCAUUGCACUCGUCAUUGCAUGCUGCAGCUGCCGUUGCUGCAGCAGCGGGUCUACAAAACAGGAAGCCAAGUCCAACAUUUCCCGGUCAUCCUGUUCCCACGGGUCAUCCAUCAAGUAUUAGUCCAGUGAAAUUUCGAAGAAGUACGUCAUAUCCCGGGAAAGGUAAUUUAUACCCACCUCAACCAACACCCACGUUCGAGGUCACCUCUGCAGAUGAACGGGAUCUCAUGCAGCUUCCACCAUAUCAGCAGGAGCGUAUGACGGCUAACGGAAAUUCACCUUUGGAUAGUAUGCGGACGUUAGAACAUUAUUUAAGUGACAUCAUGCGAGCGGGUGCGGCUGAUACUCCGGAACAUCUAAAAGGAUUCAUAAAUUGCAAUUCCAACACGCUACAGUCCCUCGCACAGCUACACGGUAAGUCAGUGAGUCAACACCUUCUUAUCACGAAACCCCAAAUAUUGAGAACAGCAUUUCAAAAUCAUCCACAGGCAGUCGAAUGUGAGUCUGCUCAAUUGUUUAGUAACAACAAUCAGCGUAAAUGUAAGUGGUCAGCUCAAGAUAAGCAGUAUGGAAGAAAAAAUUAUUCAGGUGUCCCUCGUGAAUUUAUCAAUAAUUGCAAAUCUCCAUUCUUUCCAAGUCUCGACGAGCAGGGAGGAAAUCUUUUAGACGACCCAACUGGACAAUUGGAUGGCGUCGGAGUCGGUGUCGGAGUUGGUGUAGGAGUUGGCAUGAAUGCACCACAAGCCGCACCACUUUCUUCCCCAAGUCGAAGCAGUCCACACAGUCAGGGAAGCGAAACCGGCGAACGAUUUUCAAGGAAAGUCUUCGUCGGCGGUCUCCCACCAGAUAUCGACGAAGAUGAGAUCACAGUUAGUUUUCGUCGCUUCGGGCCUUUAGUCGUUGAUUGGCCUCACAAAGCUGAAAGUAAAUCCUAUUUUCCACCAAAGGGCUACGCUUUCCUGUUGUUUCAGGACGAGAGUUCGGUGCAGCAGUUGAUUGACGCGUGCAUUCAGGACGAUGACAAACUAUACCUGUGCGUAAGUUCACCAACAAUCAAGGACAAGCCAGUGCAAAUUCGACCUUGGCGCUUGAGCGACGCUGACUUUGUGCUUGACGCUUCAAUGCCACUCGAUCCACGAAAAACAGUUUUCGUUGGUGGGGUACCGCGACCUUUGAAAGCUGUUGAACUCGCAAUGAUCAUGGAUCGAUUGUACGGCGGCGUUUGUUACGCCGGCAUCGACACUGAUCCUGAAUUAAAGUAUCCCAAAGGAGCUGGAAGGGUGGCUUUCAGCAAUCAGCAAAGUUACAUUGCCGCCAUCUCAGCGCGUUUCGUUCAGUUACAACACGGCGACAUUGACAAGAGGGUCGAAGUCAAACCCUACGUCUUGGACGAUCAGAUGUGUGACGAAUGUCAAGGUCAACGCUGUGGAGGAAAAUUUGCUCCCUUCUUCUGCGCCAACGUUACCUGCCUUCAGUACUAUUGCGAGCACUGUUGGGCAACAAUUCACUCCCGACCAGGACGAGAGUUCCACAAGCCUCUGGUGAAGGAGGGUGCGGAUCGGCCUCGCGCCGUGCCUUUUCGCUGGUGUUAACCCCAACUGCGUCGCCCCUAAUUACCUCGCGGCUCUAGCUAAUUAACUACCACUUCUACAAUGCCCUGAACCCAUUAUACCUUUACCCACCUUACCUAGUCACAAGUACUACUACUCGAUUGUCACUACUCCACUCUUCUACUACUACUACUAUUACUACUACUACUCUACUACUACUACUACUACUCUACUACUACUACUACCACUAAUAUGCUACGAAACUAUUACUACUUAUUACUCCAUUACUACCCCUAUUACCACCGAUUUUACUCGCAAGAUGAUUGAAAAUAAGGAAACCCGUAAACGCAAAAAAAGGAACCCACAAGAUCUUCCUCUACUCUCUCGGAUCUUAUCACCAUUAGAAUUUGGACAAACAGUCCAAUACAAUAUUCAAGAGACAAGUUCAGGAAGUUGGAUCAUCAUCAUCAACGUGUCAAGUGGAUAGAAAAAAGAAAAAACCCGUAUUGUCGUUAAUUGAAUUCUUGUAAACCUCGUCGGACCACAUGUCCCGAUUAAGAUCGCGUGUUAUUUACUUCUUCGAGAAUUCUUUUAUGCGAACCAGAUAUAAUGCGGCUUAUAUCAUUUUUCUCGUUCGACGAACAAUUUUUUUUUUAUUUCUCGACACAAAAAAAAACAAGCAUUCUCACGACAUUUGUGAAGAAAAUAAUCGAGAAAUAAAAAACAAGUUUUCGAUCGUUAAACUUCCGGAAAUACAAAGAAAAAAAUUCGAGGGUGGAAAAGAGGAGGAGAAGAGUAAAGAAAGUAAGGAGGGAAAAAGGGGGAGAGGGAGAGAAUUAAAGAAAUUAAUAAUAUAUGGGAAAAAAAAAUAACGAAACACGCUCUCGUGAGAGCGCGUUAUUUAAUCGAUAAAUGGAAAACCCACGCUUUAUCGCUGUGUAUUAGAAGAAUUCUCUGUAUCACAGUUUCUAGCACCUAAGAAUCUUUAUUAAGUGCGUUACAUAGGUACGUUAAUUAUAAAAAAAAGCCCGCGCGGAGAAAAAUUCCUUUUUUUUCCCCCAAAAAACAUCUCUCCAAAAAAAAAGAGGUGUGAGAGGUUUUUAAUUUGAUAGUUGAAUUUUUUCGCGAGGGGCGACCUUUUAGGAGACAAAUUCAUCGAUAAUUAUUUUUUCACCGGCCCCGCAGAAAGAGCAUCCGGUCUUAGAUUUUCAGGUGUGUCUGCCUGAAGAAAGAGAAAGACCCCUUCGCCAACGCUUCAAUUUGGAAGCAAACAAAAAAUAUCAUUCUCCCUAAAUGGAAAAAAUAAUUCAUUUUUCUAAAAAAAGAAAUAUUCGAUAAAUGCUUGUCAAUUUUUGCAAAUAUCGUGACAGAAAAAUGAAAAUUUUUUCCACCUAGCGAGAAAUCUUCGGAUUAAAUCUCCCAUUGGUACAGGUUUAGAAGUGAUCCGUAGAGUAGAGAAAAACGUAGGAAUUCGUUAAAAGAAAAAUCGUCCUUGACUUUAAUGACGCAAAAAAAAAAAACGAUCUAUUUUCAUCUAGGAUAGAGGACUUUUGCUACUAUCUCGUAGAAUUCGACAUUUGCCAAAGGCAUAUGUACUUUCCGAAAUAACGAAAUGAUAGAUUUUUUUUUAUCUUUCUUCAAGCCAGACCAAAAAAAACCUUUUUUGCAAUUCGAAAAAAGGCUUUUUUUGAGGGGAAAAAAAAUAACAAAAAAACCACGAGGAAGCUCUAGGCAAAACUAAAAAAAAGAAAAUUAAUGAUGUACGAGAUCAAGCAUCCUCGAUGCUCACCGAAUUCGACAUCCAAGUGGCUAGAUUGUGUGACGCGCCCACCAAAAACCGGCAUUAUCGUUGCUUCGUGUCCUACUUUUAUAUAAAAAAAAAAUAACUUUUUUGUCCAAAAUUUUUGCUAUGGUAGACAAGUGUUUUAACUCUUAAUAAUAAUAAUAAUAAUAUUAAUAAUAAUUAUAAUAAUAAUAAUAAUAUAAGGGAAAAAAUAAAAAAAAUCUAGCAGUGUGAGAGCGGUUUUCGUGGGCGCGUUCCAAUCUAAGACAAUUUUGGAUUUGGCUUCAAAAAAAUUAAAAUCGAAGAAAUUACACUCUCGAAAGUAAUUCUCAUACCUCUUGGUUUAGACUUACAUUUGAAUUUGAAUUUUCGAAGAAAAUAAAAUAAUUUCUUCGAUAUUAAUAGCCAAUGUGUCACUCGGAUCAACGAUUUAUUUUUGUAUUUUUUUCUACCUAAAUCCGAGAGUCGGGAGAGGGAUCGAGGAUAAGGGUGUCCGAAAAGUUGAGACGCCGACAAUAAGCGGAACAAAUCCAAUUUAAACAAAAAAAAAAAAAAAAGUAAAAGCAAAUUUCAUACAAAAAAAGGAAAGAAAUGAAGAUCUCGUUGUGCAGAGAGCGAGAAAGAAAGAAGCAAACCCUUGAGCUCGCUCGUGAUCGCCCUCUAAAUAUUAGAGAUAGGGGGGGCUUAUUUUGUACAUAAAUGUGUAAAACCUUCUAUUGCUACCUGCCCGCGCCAGCAGCGUUCGAGUGCGCACUCUUAACCACGAUUUCUUCUCUCGGUGUAUAUAAUCAAACGAAUGCAAUCGCGUAGUUCAAAUUGAAAAAAAAAGUAACACACGUGUCCCGAAAUGGGGGACAAUUAUUCUAAUUAAUUAGAAAGAGUCGAGAACGUGUUGUGUCGUGUUUCUUUCCCACUGACGGGGCAAGUUGACGCUUCUGAAGCACGAUUAUACGUAUAUACAAUAUAUAUAUUAUAACCAAUGCGAAAAUACACGAAAAUACAUGAAAUACACGAAAAUACAUGAAAAUACAUAAAAUACACGAAAAUACAUAAAAUACACGAAAAGAAGAAACCUCUUUCGAUUUACAGAACAUUUCUUCAGACACAAACACCAAAACACAAAAACACGGAGAGAAAAUCCACAAUAUGGACCCGUAAGGUUUAAGAGAAAGACAAAGUAAUCUCCACAUCUAUAUAUACAUAUAUAUAUAAAUAUAAACAUAUAUAUUUAUUUUUUUGGUCUCCUUUUUGUAUAUAAAUGGGCCACCAUAGGACGUAGGUGGCGACUAGACAUGCCGGAGACGAAGGAAAGAAUUAGUAAGAGUCAUUCUGAACUUAGCUUCUCCCCUUCGAUUCUCGGUAUUUCAACUGCUCGAAAAAUGAAAAUAAACGCGCUACGCUCUCAAUGCAAAAAAA